AUGGCACGACACUACGAUACUAUUUCUGGGAGCUUCAUUUUCAGAGAGGGAGAGAAUAAGAAGGUGCUUCCCUUAGAGGACGAGGACGUGGCUCGUGUUUAUGGCCUUCCUCACAUUGGGGAAGAAAUAGUGCUGGAGAAGUGUAUGGACAAAACCAAGUUGUCGGCUUUUCAAGCCGAGAUUGGGAUGGGAGGAAACAGGUGCAGGAAUUUUCCUCUGAGUGAAAUGGUGGACAAGUUAACGGAUGAGAAUGCUAGACCUCCUAUUCGUAAAGCCGUCAAGCAGUUCAUGCUGCUUGCUCUUGCCUCGCUGCUCCGACCAUCAUGGUCACGGAAUUGUGAGCUUGACUAUGCGGAGUUCCUCGUUGGGAAGAUUGAGCGGAUAAAAAGCUACAACUGGUUUGGUCUUGUUGUAGCGGAACUGAAGAGUAGUCUUGCUGCAGUUCAAGGAAAGGCAUUCCUUGACUAG